AUGGACGCAUUCUUGAAAGGAACAAAGCGAAAGUCAUCCGCUGUGGAAGACUCAUUUCUAGUCGACGAUAAUGAAUCGACGGACGUAAAACUGGCAAUUCUCUCGUCAUUGCACUCUAAUAUUAGCCAGGAAGCCUUACUGGAAUCCCUCUUGGAGCAUGACGGUUCUGUUCGAGCUGCUUCCGCUUCUCUAGCAGAGGAUCGAUCAGUAUCUCCAAAGAAGAAACAAAAUAGCGCUAUCGGCUUUCAGUCUUCGCUCAGACUAUUUACGUCCACGUCUUCGACUAGGGAAGGACCUAUAUCGCCGAAGAAGGCAAGAACCCUUUCCAAAAAAGGGACGACGCUUCACUUGUAUGAUCCUGAGGAUGUAGCCGAACAUACACCUUGCAGUAUCAUUCAUAAUUUUCUACCGCCAGAUGAGGCUAACGAGCUUCUCAAAGAAAUGUUAAGCGAAUCUACUUCGUUCGAUAAAAUCACAUUCAAAUUAUUUGAUAACGCUGUCCAAAGCCCACAUACAUCAAGCUUCUACGUGGGGACGGAAGCCGAAAUCAACACCCAGAAACAUGAUUACUUCUACAACGGGGCCCGAUUGACGGACGUACGGCCUAUCACUCCUCAGCUUUUACAUGUUCGCCCAAAAGUUCAAGAAGCGGUAAAUCGAGAAAUUCAAACUCGUAUCAAAACUCGUUACCCCGGCGGACGAAAGUUGAAGUAUCAGUCUCCGGAUCCAUGGUCACCGAAUUGUGCCUUCGUCAAUUGUUACAAUGGGCCUCAGGAGAGCGUUGGCUAUCAUAGCGAUCAACUAACCUACUUGGGUCCGCGGGCUGUAAUAGGCUCGCUUUCCUUAGGUGUGGCAAGAGAAUUUCGUGUUAAACGGAUCAUGCCAAAAGACUCUGAUACUAGCCCUACGGAUGAUCCGGACGCUGAAGGACAAAUAUCUAUACACCUUCCACACAAUUCCCUCUUGGUUAUGCAUGCUGAGAUGCAAGAGGGAUGGAAGCAUAGUAUCGCCACGGCCCAAGCGAUUGAUCCUCACCCUAUUGCAGGCAAGCGGAGAAUCAAUAUCACAUACCGGGAUUACAAGCCAAGUUUCCACGCAAAAUAUACGCCGAGAUGCAAAUGUGGUAUUCCCGCCAUACUAAGGGUCGUUCAGAAGAAGAAAGAAAACCAAGGGAAAUAUUUCUGGAUGUGCCACGGCGGAAAUGUACCUGGUAAAGAGAAUUGCUCAUUCUUCCAAUGGGGCGACUUCGAUGACGACGGAAAUCCUAGUUGGGACAAGUCACGAUAUAAACUUACCCAGAAUAAGGACAAUUUCGAGAACGAGAUAAAAUGA